AUGCGCGCGCGCUCGCGCGCCCAGCGCCCCGCUGCCACCCCGGGGGCCCCGGCUUCUUCCCCGCACCGCGCCUGGGCAGCGCGCCCCACCGUCACGCUCCCCGCGCUCGCCGGGAACCGGCCGGCGCCCCAUGGCCCCGUGCCUCGGCGCGCCUCGUCUCCGCCCUCUCCUCCCUCCCGUGGCGCCGCCCUCCGCCGCCUCCCUUGGCCGGCGUCGUGGGCACCGGCGGCCUCGCCACGCCCGUGGCUGGCGCCCCCCCGCCUGUCGAUUUGGGCGCUCGCCCAGUCGGGCGCCGACGCCCGACGCCCGGCUCCGCCCAGCGCCCGCGCGCCCGCUUACCCGUGCGCCCGUUAG